CAGCUGUGAUAUCUUAAACAGUGCUGCUCACAGUCCUCUCCACGCUGUACUGAGUCUGGCGGUUGUAUUGCACAGAUGACACCCUUGCACACUGCCUAGGCAAUCAGAACAAUCAGCAGACAAGACACAUGAUGGUGGCAUGUGACACACACCUUCCCCACAUUCUCUGCUCAGAGUUGCAUCACCACCACCGUCUUAUCUCUGUGCAACGUGAUCGAUCUGUAAGAGCUCUUGGCAUAGGGCUGAGGUCUUUCGCGACUGUUGAGGGUGCAAUUGUGCGUUUGAAGGUAGGGUUGGAGGUAGCCAAGUCAAGCAGAGGCAUAUAAGAUAGCGUGAUCGGGCGUUGUGACCCUGUAAUUGUAUGCUCAUCCUUGCUAUCAACA